AUGAUGAUGCUUCGUUCGGCUUUACCGUACGGGCAAUAUUGGCGUGAUAUGAGGAAGCUAACCAUGGUUGAGCUCCUCUCAAACAGCAGGCUUGAGAUGCUCACGCAUGUCUGGGACGCAGAAACUAAGUUACUUAUGAAGGACAUGCACGAGAAAUCGAUAAAGAAUAGAGGCCACAUUGUGGUGGAAAUGAAGGAGAAGUUUGGGGACUUGACAACGAACAUAAUUGUAAGGGUGCUAGCUGGGAAGCGAUACUUUGGUACUGAGUCAAAUGGGGAUGAGGAGUCGAGGAAGGUUCAAAAGGCUUUGGGAGGUUUCUUCUAUCUAUUGGGGUUAUUCUUGGUUUCUGAUGCUGUUCCAUUUCUUGGUUGGUUGGAUUCGGUUAGAGGAUAUGUAGGUAAAAUGAAGAGAACAGCAAGGGAGAUGGAUGGUGUGUUUGGAAGCUGGGUGAAGGAGCAUCGACUAAAGAGGCUCAGUGGAAGCAUCAACGAGGAGGAGAAAGAUUUUAUUCAUGUUCUGCUUUCUAACUUGGAUGAUGGCAAGAUUUCUGCUCAUGAUACUGAUACUACCAUUAAGAGCACUUGCUUGAGCCUCGUUUUGGGUGGCCACGAAACCACAAUGGUGACUAUUACAUGGGCAACAUCUUUGCUAUUGAACAACCGCAAUGUUCUUGAAAAAGCACAAGAUGAGCUUGACAUCCAAGUUGUGCACCUGACCGUGGCUCGACUGCUUCAUGGAUUUGAAUUGGCUACAGUUUCAGACACUCCAAUCGAUAUGAGUGAAGGUCCUGGAAUGACUCUCCCCAAGGCAACCCCAUUGGAGAUCAUCCUGAAACCAAGGCUAAACUCAAGUCUUUAUGAAUGUUAA